CUGGAAAGAAAACCUAUGAACUAUUUUGAACUGGAGAGGAUUUUGAACUGGAGAGCAUUUUGAAAGUUCUGUUUCUUGGAAAUUCAUUGAAAACAGGAAGAAGACCUUAAAGGGAGUGACUGUGACUAACUAAUAAUCUGCUGAGAGUACUGUGAGUUUCAGAUCCACACCUGUUAUGUACACCUAAAGGCAAAGAGAGAAGCAAACUUAAAUGUCUUGUGCGUGCUUUUUGCAUGUCAGUUCUUGUUCAUUACCUAUGAGGCUGGUAAACGUGUUCCACUCUCAGGUGUUAGUUUCCAUAGUAAAAUCCACACUUCAACCAGUGUUUUGAGCUCAACAUGACGUUUUGGAACAAAGUAAGGGAAAGCGAUGGGAUUUGCAACAGAGCCGUGGUUGUGUCUGUUAAAGACUUUGACCCUGGAGUAGACUUGACCAGGCGGCCAGGAGUUGGCCGCGAUGCCCAGCGGCUCCAUAGAGUGCUCAGCCGACUUGGCUUUAAAGUGGAGAUUCACAAUGACCUAACAGCAGAGGAGAUCUACAGUUUAUUUAACACAGAGAGCAAAAAGACUGUUGACAACUGCUUCAUUGGCAUUAUUUCGACGCAUGGAGAGGAAGGAGUGGUCUUUGGGGCAGAUGGCAAUCGUGUGAGACUCUCUCGGAUCAUUGGGUUUUUUGAUAACCCCACCAUGGUUGAUAAGACAAAGCUCUUUCUUUUGCAGGCAUGUCGAGGUCAUGAUUUAGACAGUGGAGUCGAAAUAGAGACGGACUCAGUCUCCGUUUCAGAUGAAGAUGAUAAUAUCUCAGACUAUCUCUCCAUUCCUAUCAACACAGCUGUCAUGUAUGCAACAGCUCCAGGAUACAGUGCCUUCACGAACCCAUUGGGCUCAGUCUUCAUCCAGACUUUCUGCAACCUUCUGGAAGAGAAUGGAGGUUGUGACCUGGAGAUAACUCGUCUCAUGACACGACUAAAUUACCAGGUCGCCUACCACUUCCAGGCAAGGGGAAAGGUGCUGGCAGGGAAGAAAGAGAUGCCAUGCUUUGCUACUCGCCUCACUGAAGAGGUGUACCCCUUCAGAGACUCACAGAGGAGCACUGAGGAGCUGAGUGAAAAACUUGCAACCACAGCACUGGUGGAAGACUAUCACAAGGUACGCAAGCGCUCUAUCAGCUAAAAGAACAAGCUGAGAAGAGUACCUGAUCCACGGCUUUAAAUACCGGUCAUCUUGCAUUUCCUCCCCUGGGUCUUCUCAUUGUAAUGUCUUUAGACCUGUCACAUUUAAAUAGCAUAGCAGAAGGUUUAGUGCCACAUCCUUGCAUGCACACACAUACAACUCCCUGUUUCACAACAGGUUGCUAGACAUUCUUUGCUUGAUUUGGCUACUAUGAAUGAUAAAAUGUGUACAUACAGAUGUUUCUUUUCAAUGUAAAUACAUGUUAUACUUUAUCUUGUUUUUCCUUCAGUGCAAUAAACCAGGGUUAUCUCA